AUGGCCCCUACAUCUCGCGCCAUUAUCCUCCACCCACUGGUCGCCCCCGUGGGUGGCGCCCUGUCGCCCGAGGCUCGCGCGGUGGCCGAGUGGCUGCGCGCGCGGUGCCUCCUCCCCAUUCCGUCAGCGGAGACCCCCGCGCUGCGUCCGCUGAGCCUCUUGGACUUCACGUGCGACGAGAACGUGCACGCGGUGCUGAGCUUCCUGGACGGGCCGUCGCUCUGCGCCGCGCGCAGCGUGUGCCGCUCGUGGCGCCGCCUGAGCAAGGACGACGAGCUGUGGCUCAACCUGUGUCUGCAGGAGUUCCACGUGUCGCCGGCGCAGCUCGCCACGCCGCCUGAGAGCUACCAGCAGCUCUACCAGUUCGCCUGCCGCUCGCUCAAGACGCUGCUGCGCGACUACCUGCACGAGCAGUGCCUGUCCAACCUGCAGAGCUCGCUGCGUAUCCCGAGAGGCGCCGCCAUGACGCUCAUCGCUUCGCGCUCGUCCGUGUGA